AAUUUUGCCAAGGGAUAUUCAUGGAAUCACACACAAGGCCAAAGUUGGAGACAAUAGCCUCCUCCAGUUCUGCAUUGCCAAAACUUCAACUUUUCCCUUCCUCCAGCCAACUGGACCCAACUCUCGGAGCUCUCUGCAACUCAAAUUCCAUCGUUCCCUGACCCUAACGCUAGCCUUAAUGGCUCACUCUGGCUCAGAUCGCGAGCCCCGCGACACCCAAUCCCCACAGGCCCGCCUCUAUAACCCCUAUCAAGACCUAAACCUUCCAAUCCAGACCCUCUACCAGCUUCCUACCUCUCCGGAGUUCCUCUUCACCGAAGAAUCUCUCCGCCAAAGACGCUCCUGGGGUGAAAACCUCACAUUUUAUACCGGUUCUGCAUAUCUUGCCGCCUCUAUCGGCGGCGCUUCAGUCGGGCUCUUCUCCGCCCUCAAAUCUUUUGAACCCUCCGAUACUUUGAAGCUCAAGGUAAAUAGGAUUCUCAACUCUUCCGGCCAUUCGGGACGUGUCUGGGGAAACCGGAUCGGGGUGGUGGGGCUGAUCUAUGCCAUGUUGGAGAGUGGAGCUGUGGCAGUUACGGAUAGGGACGAUGUGUGGACCAGCGUGGCUGCGGGGCUUGGGACGGGGGCUGUGUGCAGGGCAGCGAGAGGAGUGAGGUCGGCGGCGGUGGCUGGUGCCUUGGGAGGGUUGGUAGCUGGGGCAGCGGUGGCGGGGAAGCAGACUUUGAAGAGGUAUGCGAUGAUUUAAGGUUCAGAGAGAGAGGUUUGCAAAUUGAGUUUAGGAUCUCAUUUCUAAUUUGUUUUUACCAAUACAAGAUGUAUCUCUUCAAAUUUUGAUCGUGAUGUUGUUAGCCAUAUAAUGGUAAAGUUGAGAAGUUCAUGAUGGUUAUAAUAAUCUUUGGCAUCAAUGAAACUACUGAACUGCUUUGCUAAAUAGAUAUACCAGAUUGUCCUGGUGAAAAUUUUCAUCUUGUAAUGAUGAAUAACGUUGGUACUUCAAAUAAUUAUUUUGGUGAUGUGAUUGAUUAUAUGUUUAUCA